UCACUCUUUCACGCAAAUCGAUACAGAGCCCUAGAGGCCAAUAAACUACAACUCCCAGAAUCCUUUAGCCUUGAGCCGAGGCAGUUAGAGCAGCAGAAGACCAGCUGGAAGGCUAGGAAAUGGGAAGAUCAACCCAAGGAGCGAGAGGUGCUUCUCUAGAGUCCCUUUCCAUGGAAGGACAUGAUGUCAGAGUUGAGCGACGAAGCCAGCGAAUCCGAAUUCUUGAACCGCAGCCUGUCCAUGUGGCACGGAGUGGGUCAGAUGGUCUGCCACCAAGAGCUGGACGUCCCACUGGAUCUCCACACGGCGGCCUCCAUAGGCCAGUAUGAGGUGGUCAAGGAAGGUAUUCAAUGCAAGGAGACGGACCUGAAUCAGCGGAACUGUGGCGGCUGGACCCCGCUCAUGUAUGCCUCUUACAUUGGUCAUGAUACCAUUGUGCACAUGCUGCUAGAGGCUGGUGUGAAUGUGAACGUACCCACACCAGAAGGGCAGACUCCACUCAUGCUGGCUGCUAGCUGUGGGAAUGAGAGUGUGGCCUCGUUCCUCCUCCAGCAAGGUGCUGAGUUGGAGAUGAGGGACAUCCAUGGUUGGACUGCUCUUUUUCACUGCACAAGUGCUGGCCAUCAGCAAAUGGUCAAAUUCUUAUUGGACAAUGGAGCUAAUGCUAAUUGCAGGGAACCCCUUUGUGGAUACACCCCUCUGAUGGAAGCAGCCGCUUCUGGCCAUGAGAUCAUUGUACAGGACCUUCUCAACCAUGGUGUGAGAGUAGAUGUACGGGACAACAGCGGAGCCACUGCACGGACCCUAGCCAUGACAUAUGGGCACAUGAAGAUCGUGGGGCUGAUAGAUCUGCAUACAGCUCCUGUGCCCAAAGUCCUCUGCAGGGGUCCAGGUAAAUAUGAAGAUCUGAGCUCAUCAGAUGAGUCCUACUCUGCUCCUCAAAGGCAGCGUCCUGCUCGCAAACCCAAAGGCCCCAGUAUCCAUGAUGGGCCUCAUGCCUUGGCCAAAAUAACAGCAGUCAGAAUUGGAGGGAAAAGCAAUUCAUGUCAUGAGCAGGUCCCUCCAGAAGGCUAUGUUACUUUUAAAGAUGAUGGAAGUGGCUUUGAAGGAGGCAAUCUCUGUUACAGAGAUGUCACCUCUCCUAUUAAUGAACACGAUGUGGAAAGCAGCAGCAGCCGAGAGGACAGUUCUUCCUUCACCAAUGACUUGGCCACCAUCAUGAUCAAGAGCAGCAGCAGUAGUGAAGGUUUGGCGAAUGCUGUAGGGAUCAGCAGUGAGGGUUCUUUGGAGAGCAAUGAGGAUUCAGACAGUGCAACAAAAGUCUCCAACCGAAAACAUGUCAAGAACUAUGUGAAGGCAAAAAAUCGUUGUGGCAACAGUGACAGCCAUUGGUUUUGCAGAUCCCGGACAUCUAAUCAGCCGUUUAGUCCUUCCAAUCUAGAGGCACCGUCUUACACAGGACCCCAGGAUCUUGCCACCUUCCUAGAACAAAUUGGCUGUCUGAAAUAUCUGCAAGUGUUUGAGGAACAGGAUGUUGACCUUCGCAUCUUCCUAACUCUAACAGAGAGUGACCUGAAAGAGAUUGGCAUCACUCUGUUCGGACCAAAAAGGAAGAUGACCUCUGCCAUUGCUCGAUGGCAUAGCGGUGCCCGGCCUCCCAGUGAUGCGUUUGAGUUGGCAUAUGCUGAUCGUUUGGAGGCAGAAAUGCAGGAAUUGGCUAUCCAGCUCCAUAAGAAAUGUGAGGAGGUGGAAGAGUUGAAGGGGCAGGUUUCCCAGGAGCAGGAGCUGCGUGCUGUGGCUGAGAGUUGCCUGAUGGAGCAAGAUGUGGCCUGGAGUGAUGUCCAGGUGAAACUUCAAGAGGUGCAGGCUGUCACCAGAAGUGCCGGGAUUCUCCUGAAACAAAUGCAAGCCUGCCAGGCUGAACUGUCUUCUCGAAUGAAUCAAGAGCAUAUUGCUGGCUCAUGGUUGGAGACUAAAGGACAGCUGGGAGCUGGCUCUGGAGGAUGGCCGCCCGCCUUGAAGGUUCUUAGUCUGCCUGAGCUGUCAACUCUUCUUGAGGAGUGUGUCGGGGAAAUGGGAAAAAUUCUUCAUUCUGUCAACAUUAAUCUUGAGAGGCUACAAAGUCCAGACAAAGGCAAGCCAACACAGAAGCAGCCCUAGCAGUGGAGGAAGGCCAUUCUGACGUCGGGUGACUCUUCCACCCGGAAGCUGUGUUUUGCUUGGGAGAGUGCAAGAGUGAGAGAGAUGGAUCGACACAGUGGGCCAUCUCCAACGAGAGGUAUCGCUACCGGUCAUGAGGAAAGCAGGUGUGUCGGUGCAUAGAAUAGGGGCUGAACCUGCUGGGUGAUGCUGAGACGCAGAGUGUGGAUCUGAAUUUCGCAACGAAGCCAGGAGAGUUCAGAGCGGUCUCUCAAAACCCAGAGAUGCCACAAAUGCAGCCAGAUUAUGUGUGCUCCUUGCCAUGGAAGGUGUCUGGUAUUUAUUGGAAACCAACCAAGUGCCUCCUGUUUCAGCGCCAGAUUCCAUACCUGUCCCUUUCCUUGUGUCUACAUGAGGAGAUUAUCCAUCCCCUUUUUUCUGGAGUUGAUCUGUUUAGAGAGCAACUGACUUGGAGACUGCAGGAGUCCAAAGACUUCCUUGUGGUCCUGUCCAGUUGUGUUGAACCUGAGCAUGAAGCUUGAAUAGGCAGUGCAACAGAAGAUGGGGGUUCUUCAUGAAAGCCCAUUGUGCUACAAAACAAGCAACAUCCCUUCUGAUUCCCCUCACUUGUUCCUUUGGUCCACAAUGUUUAAGUGGUCCUUCAGUAAAUGCACUGUAAGUAGUAGUGACCUAGUGGGGCUUUCUUGUUCCUAGUCUUCUGGCAGGUAACCUGGAUCAUCGUUCUCAAAGUCCGUAAUGUCAGGCAGUCCCUGUCAGCACCGACGUGGAAUUAUUAUCCAUCUUGCUGACUCCAUGUGCUACCCAUGGGGUGGCUAUGACUUUUCUCUGCAGGACUGCAAACACCACCAACCAAAGAUGACAGUCUGCAUCUCUUCUCAUGGGAUCAAUUAUUUUAAGACAUGGACGAGCUCAGCUGAGUGCUCCUUGACAUUUCUAAAUUAAAAUCUGAUGUUCUGAAGUGACUAUCCCAGAUUAAAUGAUGCUAGAAACUGCUUCCAGAGACAUUGAGCUGAAAGUUCGCCUAGCCUAGCCGAGCUGACAAGAUGUUAUGUGUUGCAAACCUCACCUUGUCUUUUUUUUCCAGUACAAGUGGAAAGUUGCAAAGCAUUUUUCUUUCCCACAUCUGCCUUUCAUGUGUGUAUGGCCAUAGGGAGGCCGUGUACAAGGCCGUGUGCUUUGGCUAACGUCAGACCUGUAUGAUGGGAAGAAUCAGGAAUGUAACACAAAAAUUAGGGAAGUGUGGUAUCGUACCUGCUAAGUUAGUGGUUUUCAACCUUCCUAAUGCUGCGACCCACAAGUUGAGAACCGCAAAGGGGUCACAAUACACAGGUUGAGAACUGCUGUGCUAAGUAAUCCUAGAGCAGUGUGUUUGUUCCAUUUCACCUAUUUUAAUACAAAUCAUAACUGGCCUUUAUAGGGUUCUUGGCUGCUAAUAGCCUCAACUGAGGGGAACUGGUCUGGCAUUUACUUUGUUCUGUAUUCAGUUUGCUGUUUCUGUUGCACACAUUAAGCCUAGUUUCUCAAAGAGGUGAUAAAAUAAUUUAAAUGUUGUUGGGUUUUAUGUUUAAUAUUGUGAUGUUUUAUUACUUAAAAUGAUUUGUUACCUUACCUUAUACAUGAUAAGAUGGUACAGUAUUAAAAUAUAACAAAUAGAAAAUGAGCUUGGAGUUGAGGUGUAUUGCUUCCAUCUGGAAGAAAGCUUUGAAGGAAUGAAUGUGUCUCCAUUUGAAAAGUAAUAAUUCCAUUUGCUACAUCAGCCUCCUGCACUUUGUGCAUUUUGAACGUUUUGGAUUAUAACCCCCCUCAGAGUUGAGAUGUAAAAUUGCUAGAGGUUGGGAUAAAAACUGUAUGUCUUGUUGGAGACCAGGUUUGGAUCAACAUGUUUUUAAUUGGUAUAGAAUUGUGCUUUAAAAAAACAAGAGGAGCAUUAUCUCCCAGAAAGCUGAACUGUAGUAAGAAGUGAUACAGAUCAGGCAUAGAGAUUCACCACUUUCAUCUGUAUGUUGUUAGUGGUUUUUUUUUAAUGUUGUGAUCACUUCUCCAAGCAGUACUUUUAAACAGAAUAUCUGGACCAGUUUAAAGCCCAAUGUGCAAUGGAAGAGCUUGGCACCUGCCAGAGGUAUUGUACUACAAUGCACAUCGUCCCCAGGCCGUAUUGCCAUGGUAGCUGGAGGUGACAGGUGUUGUAGUACAAGAUACAUGGAGACCCAUCAGGUUGAGGAUGGCUGAUACGUUUACAUAUCCAGUUGCAAUGACUGAAUGUUUGCUGGAGCAGGUGACCUUAAUGCUCUCCUUCUAAGGGUUGUUUCUUCUGCUUCAGGAUGGCUCUUGGAGAAGUGGCCGAACUGGGCCUAACUCCUGCUGUUGGGCUUAUGGGUCUUAACACUGGGCUGUGGGAAAGUAUUUCCCUUUGUUAAUGCAAACUCCUAUUACCAUUGGUGACCAGAUUUUAACAUGCUAUGCUUUGUGAAUAAAUCACUUUGACUCAUAACUCUCCAAGGUGCUAAUUCUCACAGAGACGUUGUACAGUUGAACCU